AUGUAUCUUCCAAUAUUUACACCUCAAUCUAUCUUCCAACAUUUACACCUCAAUGUAUCUUCCAACAUUUACACCUCAAUCUAUCUUCCAACAUUUACACCUCAAUGUAUCUUCCAACAUUUACACCUCAAUCUAUCUUCCAACAUUUACACCCCAAUCUAUCUUCCAACAUUUACACCCCAAUCUAUCUUCCAACAUUUACACCUCAAUCUAUCUUCCAACAUUUACACCUCAAUCUAUCUUCCAACAUUUACACCUCAAUCUAUCUUCCAACAUUUACACCUCAAUCUAUCUUCCAACAUUUACACCUCAAUCUAUCUUCCAACAUUUACACCUCAAUCUAUCUUCCAACAUUUACACCUCAAUCUAUCUUCCAACAUUUACACCUCAAUCUAUCUUCCAACAUUUACACCUCAAUCUAUUUACACGUCAAUGUAUCUUCCAACAUUUACACCUCAAUCUAUCUUCCAACAUUUACACCUCAAUCUAUCUUCCAACAUUUACACCUCAAUAUAUCUUCCAACAUUUACACCUCAAUGUAUCUUCCAACAUUUACACCUCAAUGUAUCUUCCAACAUUUACACCUCAAUGUAUCUUCCAACAUUUACACCUCAAUGUAUCUUCCAACAUUUACACCUCAAUGUAUCUUCCAACAUUUACACCUCAAUCUAUCUUCCAACAUUUACACCUCAAUCUAUCUUCCAUAUCUCUCCUACUGACCAAUCAUGUGUUACAGGCAUUCACCUCUCAUCAAAUUAG